AUGGCUCCCACUAAGAAAGUCGGUAUCCUCGGUGCCACCGGCACUGUUGGCCAGCGCUUCAUUCUUCUUCUCGCCGAUCAUCCUGUCUUCACAAUCCAUGCCGUGGGUGCUUCCUCCCGCUCUGCCGGUAAAGCAUACAAGGACGCUGUCAAGUGGAAGCAAAGCAAGCCGAUCCCUGCCAAUGUCGAUACCUUGACUGUCAAGUCAUGCGUUGCCGAAGAAUUCAAGGAAUGCGACGUUGUCUUUUCUGGUUUGGACUCUGAUGUCGCUGGCGACAUUGAAAUGGCCUUUUUGAAGGCAAACUUGGUCGUUUUCUCAAACGCCAGAAACUACCGUCGCGAUCCUACCGUUCCUUUGAUCGUCCCCACUGUCAACGUUAACCAUUUCGACAUCAUCCCUCACCAGCGCACCGUGUACGGUCAAGAAAAGGGCUUCCUUAUCACCAACGCCAACUGCUCAACGACUGGUCUUGUGGUGCCACUCAAGGCACUCCAGGACGCCUUUGGACCCAUGUCGCACGUUCUCGUCCACACACAACAAGCCAUCUCGGGCGCUGGCUACCCUGGCGUGCCCAGCUUGGAUAUUUUGGACAACGUUGUACCAUACAUUUCGGGCGAAGAGGAAAAGAUGGAAUGGGAAACGUGCAAAAUUCUCGGUGGAUCGGACGGCAAACAGUUCUUGCCCUUGACCGACACGAUCGUAUCUGCUACGUGCACGCGUGUGCCUGUCAUUGAUGGCCACUUGGAGUCCGUCUCGGUCAAGUUUGCCAACGGAUGCCCCUCGGAGGAGGAGAUCUACAAGGUCUUUGAAUCGUACACGAGCGAGUCCCAAGCUUUGGGUUGUCACUCUGCACCUGAACAGGCCAUUUUGGUCAACAGAGCCGAUGAUCGUCCUCAGCCAAGAUUGGAUCGUGAGUUGGCCAAGGGUCAGGCUGUCACGGUUGGCCGUGUCCGCCCUUGCCCCGUUUUGGAUGUCAAGUUUACGCUCUUGGUCCACAACACCGUCUUGGGUGCUGCAGGCAGCUCUGUGUUGAAUGCAGAGGUUGCAGUUGCCAAGGGUCUUAUCUAA